ACGACGUCGGCGUCGACUACGUCUUCUACUACUACCUUAUAAUACACAUGCUGAGACGUUAAUGAAUCAAGAUUAGCUCCAACCGUGUCCCCGGUAUACACGGUCUCUAGCAAUGUAAUUAGUUGUAUGUUUUGUGUAUCAUUAAGACUUGGUCGAUGACCCCGCCUAGAGAGGAGGGUCCAGCGUUGGGAGGCUGAUGUCACGUCCACAUCUCCGACGGAGAGGUAAGAAGCGUUUGUUUCACGUGCACGGUGGGAUGUGAGACUGUGGACAACGAACGUCUUGGACGACCGGUAUACAAGUUGCAGGCGGCAAACUGCACGACUUCGGCGACUUUUAAAGAUACCACGAUGUCUAACAUCACCGACUCGACGGGUCCCUUCCUGUUGGGAACUCCCGCUGCCAUCACCAUAGCAACGUUCACGAGCAUCAUGGGUGUCCUGACGACGGCAGAGAACCUGAUGGUGUUCCUGGCAUUUGCCACUAACAGUUCCUUGAGGAAGUUCUCCGACUACUUCAUCCUGAACCUGGCCGUGGCAGACUUUCUGAUUGGUUGUGUCUGCAUCCCUCCCUAUAUUCCCUACCUGCUGACAGGAGUAUGGGAGCCCGGCAGGGCCUUCUGCAAGAUAUGGCUUCUAUUUGACUAUAUAUGCCCUGCUGCAUCCACCAUCAACAUCUGCAUUAUCAGCAUUGACCGCUACUUGCAGGUAGCUUUCCCUUUCAAGUACAGAGCCAGACAAACCACGACGAUGCGGAUGGUGAUGAUGUUGAUCCCGUGGAUCAUCGCAGGGCUGACGUACCUGCCUUCCAUCCUGUUCUGGGAGCUGUGGACUGGGCUCGAUACCAUUCCCCACAAAGUGUGUUUCGUGCCAUACUACUACACCUUUGAGUACGCCAUAUUUGCGUCCAUGGUCGAGUUCGUCAUGCCAUUCACUGUUGUGGGGGCCUUCAACAUCCUGAUCUUCAUCCUCAUCCGUAAACGCUCCAGGGGGAUAUUAGGACAGAGCAAAGUCGAGCCCAUGAAGCAGGUUCAGGGAGAAGCGACAAAGAAUACACAGACGUCAGGGCCAGCGAAACCGUCCCUAGCGAAGGACAAGAAAGCAGCACGUUCCUUAUUUAUCCUUGUGUUGGUCUUUGGCAUCUGCUGGAUGCCCUACGAGGUGUGUGCGCUCAUCUCCAGCGUCUGUGCCGACUGCAUCAACCCCGUCUUCUUCGAGUUCACUUUCUGGAUGCUGUGGGUAAACUCCACCAUCAAUCCCAUCCUCUACCCACUGCUGCACAAGCGCUUCAGGGAUGCGUUCUUUAAGCUAAUUGGGCUCCAAGCCAGAAAUUCAGCCAGGGUCGCAACAGUGGCCACAGUGCAGUAAGUGAACGACAUCGUCGACGGUGGCCCAGGACAUACCACCUCAUGAUAUUAUAUAACUAUGGUUGUGUUCAUCAACAGUGGCCACAGUGCAGGUGUGAACGACAGCGUCGACGGUGGCCCAGGACAUACCACAGCAUGAUAUCAUAUAACUAUGAUUGUGUUCAUCAGCAGUGGCCACAGUGCAGGUGGUGGACGACGGCGUCGACGGUGGCCCAGGACAUACCACAGCAUGAUAUUAUAUAACUAUGAUUGUGUUCAUCAACAGUGGCCACAGUGCAGGUGUGAACGACAGCGUCGACGGUAGCCCAGGACAUACUACCAUGAUAUUACUUCGUGCUCAGCAGAAAACCUCUGAAAUGUUCGGCCAUACUUGACUCACAAUCUGUACUUGCUGUUAUAUAUUCGUUCAAUUUCACAUUCAGUGAGACCAGUGCUUGAAGCUGUGACUCCUUACGCACAGCACCCGGGUUCGAUUCCCCGCAGGGGUACAAUGUGUGAAGCCCAUUCCUUGCAUCCACCCGCCAUGAUACGGCGUUCAGAGCGAGGCAACUUCUUCACAUAUCGGGGCGGCGGGGUGGCCUUGUGGUUAAAGCGUUCGCGCGUCACGCCGAAC